ACCCUUUAUCUAUGAUAUGUUACAUCACAUCUUUGAAUUCGAGAUUCAAUUUUCUGAUUGAGUUUAUCUUCUACUUUGCACGUAACUUUUCCGAUUCCAUCUCAAAAUGAGUGCCUGGAGGCAAGCCGGUCUUAAUUACAUAAACUACUCCAACAUUGCUGCUAAAAUUUUGCGAAAAUCAUUAAAAGCUGACUUCCGAACAGAAGCGCUACGGCGAGAUGCGUCCCACGUUCGUAUCACUCCAUGGGCUAAUGGCAGGCCAGCACAUGAAAAGGAUUAAUUGAGCUUUUUAAGACUUGCAACAAAAAGCUGCCAAGUAGAAAAUUAUGGACAUCAAAGAAAAUCAGUGAUGAAUUUUAUUUAACUUGUAUAUUAGCAUUAUUGUAAUAAAUAUUCACUUGAAAACAUC